AAGAUAUGGAGGCAUUAAAUGCGAUCUUCAUUCCGGCUUCCAGCGCGAACGAAGUCAUACCUGAUGUUAAAGAUAAGAGCUAUGUUGCUUCAACAAAUCUUAAAUUGGAUAUUCGCCAACUUAAAGGCAUCUCAAAUUCUAAGGUUCAAACGUUCCUUACCAAAUUGAACGAUGUAGUGGUGAAUGGUGUUCAGGUGGUUGGCACAGAUAAAACCUUUACUGACACAUAUGUGGAUGAUCUACUUCGUAUUGCUAAGCUAAAUAACUUCCUAUUAAGGAUCAGAAAUCAACCGCCACGCAAAUUAUACAUCCAGGAUGUUGCAAAAGUGAUAUCAGUCCCUGAUUUCGUAAUUGAAAAGAAAAACAAUCAAAACCGUAAUAUUGUUGUGAUAGAGGACAAACACCUGAAAAAUAUUGGGUCAGUCAAUGGAUUUGGAGAAACACAAAUCGCAGUAGAUAUUCUCUCUUGUGGUAGUAAGAAUAUACGUUCCAUUGGUGGAGAGGAAUAUACAGAUCAGACAUUAUGGGCAGUUUUCAAUGACGGUUCAAAGAUGGCCGGCUGGGAAUGGUUUAAAGACUGGUUUCAAUUUCGCUCAACCGAAAGGAAGACGAGAAGUGUUUACAGCG